UCUGACAUAACCUCGAUUUUCUUCCGUCAGUACGGUUUACCACUUUCGCUGCAUAUUUAUCAAUAAAAGAAAUAAAAACCCAAGAUGUCCCGAAAUUUUCGCCCCAAUAAUUGUGCCAGAGUCCUGCACAAAGUCAAGGAGACCCUGGCACCUUCAGAAAACGAAACUUACCUAAUCAACCGAAAUCCCAGAAACCUGGAAAAGUUACGAAUAGCCUACAAACCGUGUGGCUAUCAUUUGGAAAAGCCAGGAAGGAGUUUUUGGCACAAAUUAGACCUAAAUGUGUCGGGAAAGUAUGUGACAGCCGAAGUAAACCAUUUCGAGAAUGGUCCUGUCAUCUCGGCCAGCACUUCUGAGUGGGCCAUCAAAAAGCAACUCUUCAGAACCAAAGACACUUCUGCAUUUGUUAAUCUAGGACGUGUACUAGCCCAACGUUGUGUUCAAGCUGGAAUAACCGAAAUGACAUGCAACAUUGAAGCUGUUCCCAAUGGCAAAGUCGAUAAAUUCUUUAAAACAAUGGAAGAGAAUGGAGUAACUCUGCAAGAGCCAGAAAGAUUCAAAAAUCCACAACCUUGGGAUGCUUAUAGACAAGAAAAAUUCUGGGAGACAACAGAUUAGCUUUAGUAGCUUUGUUUUUUUUAUUUUAAGUCCAAUAAAAUUUACAUUGCAAUUAAUUUAAAAAUUA